UGCCGAGCCGCGGGGUGUAGCGCGGCGCAGCGGCCGCGGGCACGGCGGAGCCCCGCGGAAGAUGGCGUACAUCCAGUUGGAACCAAUAAAUGAGGGUCUGCUCGCUAGAAUCUCGGAUCUCUUGCUGUGCCGGUGGACUUGUAGAAAUUGUUGUCAGAAGUGUUUCGACUGUAGCUGUUGUCAAACAAAUGAAGAUGAAGUUGAAAUCCUGGGACCUUUUCCUGCUCAGACUCCAGCCUGGCUGAUAAGCAGCCAAAAUGAGGACAAAAAUGGAGACUCUGAUAAUACAAUCAGUGACUUGCCUCCCACUCAUCAGGAUGUUUCCCCUGACAGAAGGCGGUCGUCUUCAGAUACAUCACGGUCCACUUACAGCCUCACCAGGCGGAUUUCAAGUUUAGAGACGAGGAGGCCAAGUUCUCCAUUAAUUGACAUUAAACCUAUUGAGUUUGGAAUAAUAGGAGCCAAGAAAGAAAUAGUUCAGCCAACUAUCCUGCGGAAAACCUAUAGUCCAGAUGACUAUUUUAGAAAAUUUGAACCAAGACUGUACUCUCUUGACUCGAAUAGUGAUGAUAUGGACUCCUUGACAGAUGAGGAAAUCUUAUCCAAGUACCAGCUGGGCAUGCUGCACUUCAGCACUCAGUACGACCUGCUGCACAAUUACCUGAUAGUGCGAGUCAUUGAGGCUAAGGAUCUGCCUCCCCCCAUUUCGUACGACGGCUCAAGGCAAGAUAUGGCUCACUCCAACCCCUAUGUGAAGAUCUGCCUGCUUCCAGACCAGAAGAACUCCAAACAGACUGGAGUUAAGCGCAAAACUCAGAACCCAGUGUUUGAAGAGAGGUACACAUUUGAAAUCCCAUUUUUAGAAGCCCAGAGAAGAACUCUGCUUUUAACUGUAGUGGAUUUUGACAAAUUCUCACGCCACUGUGUCAUUGGCAAAGUGUCAAUGCCCUUGAGUGAUGUAGACCUCGUGAAAGGCGGACACUGGUGGAAAUCCCUUGUUCCUAGUUCUCAGAAUGAAGUUGAGCUGGGAGAGCUGCUGUUGUCAUUAAACUACCUGCCCAGCGCAGGAAGACUGAAUGUGGACAUCAUUAGAGCAAAACAGCUUCUUCAGACAGACAUGAGCCAAGGUUCAGAUCCCUUUGUGAAAAUUCAGCUUGUUCAUGGAUUGAAGUUAACAAAAACCAAGAAAACCUCCUGCAUGCGGGGGACGAUAGAUCCCUUCUACAAUGAGUCCUUCAGCUUCAAGGUUCCCCAGGAAGAACUGGAAAAUGCCAGCUUGGUGUUCACAGUGUAUGGGCACAACGUGAAGAGCAGCAACGACUUCAUCGGGCGGAUCGUCAUCGGUCAGUACUCCACAGGUGCUCCUGAGUCCAACCACUGGCGCCGGAUGCUCAAUGCACACCGGACGGCUGUGGAGCAGUGGCACAGCCUGCGCUCACGGGAGGAGUGCGACCGCGUCUCCCCGGCAUCCCUGGAGGUGACAUGAGGCGUGACACCUGUGGUGGCCAAACCAAACAGGCGGGCAAGGCGGGGAAAAAACUCCAACCUCCAAAUCACCCAACCUCACUCCCACCCCACAGCAGCUCCAUCGGACCGAAGCAGCUGCCGGUACCCACCUGGCUGCGUUGGCCUUUGUGCAAACCCCUGCAGCGCCAACCGUGUCCUGCCGCGUCCUGUGCCAGCAGCUCCUCGGUGGCACUGGCUGCCUGACUGGCCGGACCCGUUGCUCCCUGCGCCCGGCACCGCUCUGCUGUUUCAGUGACAGAGCAGCAGGUG